UAUAGUCUGAAAUCACAUCGAACAAGUUAGAUGUAACAAUAAACGAAAAAGACAACAACAUCAUUAACAACAAUGCAUUAGAUAAUAUUGGUCAUCAUAACAAGAUAAAUGAUGAUAUAACUGCUAUGAAACAAACCGAUCCCAAUGACAACGAAGAAGAAGAAGAAGAUGAUGACGUAGAAGAAGUUGAGAAAACGGAUACGAAUCUAUUGCUUUUAAACAAGAAGAGCAAUAUAGAUGAGGAAAUUGUGGAAAGUGUUUCCCAGUUGGAAUCGGUUAUAACAAAAACUAUAGAAAAUACUAAAAAUUUAGAAGAUAUACCAGAUAUUGUAGUGGACCAACCUGUAGACGAUAUACUAGCAGAAGUUUUGCAACCCAUUGAAGAAGUAGAAACGGCCUCGAAGAAUAAUGAUAAACAUAAUUUAAAUACUGUCUAUGAGAAUGCCAAUGAUCUGGAAGCGGAUAAUAAUAGUAAUGACUUUAAUGUAGCAGAAGUUUUGGACUCUCUAACACCCUCUACCACCAUAAGCUCUUUGACUACCAACGGCGGUCAUAAUACGCCGGUGGGGGUAAAUGUACAAGAAAAUUUAGAAAGUUUAAGCGACAGCACUACACCUUUUAGCUUGACCAGCAGUCACAGCAAUAAAAACAAUCAUUUAGAUGUAUCAUCCUCAUCCUCACCAUCAUCAUCAUCAUCUACAACACAUGGUCACACUCAUCAUUCCUCCUCAUUUGGUAAUAGUGAUACACAUCAUCAGCAUUCGGUUAUUGAAUUCACCACCAUCACCAAUUCACAUUUAACACCCGUUAUUUUAACCGAUACAACUACGACCACCACAACACCACUUGAUUCCUCUUCUAAUACUGUAUCUUCAACAAUUACAUCAUUGUCGUCGUCGUCGUCUUCAUCGUCCUCCUCCUCCACCAUGUUGUCAACUGUUUUGAAAAAGUAUGAAUUGAGUUCAAAUUCAAUGCCUAAUGAAAGGACUUACAACAGCAACAACAACUAUAACAAUAAAAAUAAUAAUAAUAAUCAUGAUAAUGAUGGCGAUGAAGUGAUAGCUGUAGCUGGAAUAGAUGAAGAACUAGAGGAUUUUUCAAAUAUCAACAAUAAUGAAGAGAUAUUGAAACCGUUAACAAACAUAAUGACAAUGCCAACAGUUACGACAACAAAAAGCCAACAAAUGACAGCCAUAACAACUGAACAACAACUUGAGUUCCAACAGCAUCAUCGUCAUCAAUAUUAUUCUAGCAAUAAUAACAAUGACGAUAACAAUAUUGAUGAAAAUUCUAUGGAAAUUACUAAAACAAAAGCAACAACAUUAUUAACCACUUCAUCCAAUAUGGAGGCUGCAUUAGCAACAGCAUCAGCAACAUCCUCCUCAUACUCUUUAGAUAUGUUGGCAAUAGCAACGACAACACCAACAACAAUGGCAUCUUUUAUGUUAACACCAUCUUUGGAUAUAUUACAAACACCAACAACAACACCAACAUCAUCAUCCAUACUUGAGUUACCAAAUGAAAAUGUUUUUGAAAUCAAUAUUAAUGGCAAAAAGGAUGAGACCACUUUAGAACCAGAGGUUACUCAAGAUUUACUAGGCAAAUCGUCCACUACUACUAUGCAAUCUAUUGAUGAAUCAAAUGUUUCUGUUACCACUAUGUCAUCGCCUACAACUAUCAUUACCACUACUCAGAGUACUCCUGCCGCCGCCACACCUGAAGUUGUUAGCUCUACUACUGCUUUACCCGACUAUGUCGAACCAAAGAUUGAAAAUUCUCCACCCAUGAUUAAGUCACGUUUACAGAAAUUGGCUGUUACCUCGGGUAAAUCUUUUAAAUUGUCCGUACCCGAAGAUACUUUCUAUGACAAUGAAGAUUUGUCGAAUUUACGUUUGGAAUUAACCGAUAAAGAAGGUCGCGAAUUGAAAUCGAACUCCUGGUUGCAGUUUAAUGCUGAGACUAAGGAAAUUUAUGGAUUACCUUUAGAUGAUGCUGUUUCAAAAUGGCAAUAUCGCCUAACUGCCACCGAUUCGGGUAAUGAAUCCGUAACCGAAACUCUAGAAAUAUCUGUGCAACAACAUCGUGGUGUUCGUACAGUUAAUCAUGAAAUUAAUAUUUCGGUUAAAAUCAAUGAAAAGAAUAUUCACUACAUAGACUGGCAAAUGAGCUUGAUAAAUGCUAUUGCUAAUACUCUGGGAGAUGCUAAUACCAAUUCAAUUGUGGUGCGUGAAAUACGUGCUAAUCCUCAAGAUCCCAAUAUUGCCACUUUGGUGUAUUUCAAUGAAACCCUGCCCACUAGUGAGUGUCCAGAGCGUGAAUUAAAUAAUCUCGUUAAACGUUUAGAUGUUAGUCGUCUCAGCGAUUUGGUGCAACCCACAUUGGGUAUUAAAUCUUUAACGGGUCAAUUGAUAGGGCCUUGUCAGAAAACUGCCGCUGCUAAGCCCAAGACACCUACACUUAAUGUUAAGAAUGCUCCUCCGGUGCCACGCAAUCAAGUGGAUCGUGUUGUUGCUACUGUAGGUCAUUUAUUGGUCUACAAGGUGCCCAGUGAUACUUUCUUUGAUCCCAACGACAAUGAACUUACCUUGAGUUUGAAAACAAAGGAACACAAAGAACUUAGUCCACGUCAUUGGUUGCAAUUUGACUCUAAGAAUGAUGAAUUCUAUGGCAUACCCAAGAGCGGUGAUGCCGGUUCCGAAGAAUACAUGUUGGUAGCUGAAGAUGCUGGUGGUCUCACAGCCACCGAUGCUUUAGUGGUGCAAGUUAAUCAUGCUCCCAAGAGAGACUUUAGUUUAUAUAUUAAAGUAUAUUUAGCCAUUAAACACGAACAUUUCAAUGCCGAUUUACAGCGUAAAUUUGUGGAACGUAUGGCUAAUUUGUUUGGUGAUCUCCACGCAAAAUAUACAAAUACGUUCGGUGACUACACUCCACGAUUCAGAUGGUACUGUUGUUAGUUUCUAUAAUACUACUCUAUACAAAUCGCACAAUCGUUGUCCGGAAGAUGAAAUGGAAGCAUUCCGUAGUGUUUUGUUCCAUGAUUAUUCGGUGCGUGAACGUGUUAAAAAGGCUAUGGGUCCUGAAUUGAAUAUAACAAAUAUUCAAAUUAUUCCUUUGGGCAGCUGUAAUGGCCAAACAGAUGUUACUCAUCGUGAAUUUGUUCCCAGCAAAAACAGAUGAACCUUUUAUUGAAAUCUACUUUCUCCGAUGAUUAUAUGUUUACAAUCAUU